AUCUACCUUUGAUUCCUCGCUCUACAUCAAUUCUUGUAAUUUCAUUUUACUUUUUGCUUCCCGAACCUUCUUAGUUGGAAUUCCUUCUCUGCAUCUUCCUCCGCCGUUCGCCUCCAUCCCCGAUCUUAAUAAAGAAGCGCAUAGUUUCAUUCAACUUUCUGAAAUCAAUCAACCAUGGGAGGAGGCAACGGCCAGAAAGCCAAGAUGGCACGUGACAAGCACAUGGAGAAGCAGAAAGCUGUUAAGGGAAGCCAGCUUGACUCUAACAAGAAAGCCAUGACCAUCCAGUGCAAGGUUUGCAUGCAGACUUUCAUGUGUACCACGACUGAGGUGAAGUGUCGAGAGCAUGCUGAAGCUAAACACCCUAAGUCUGAUUUGUAUGCCUGUUUCCCACAUCUUAAAAAAUGACGGGGGAGGUGCAAAAUAAGAAAUUGCGUGUUAAGAUGGGUUGUAAUAUGCUUUGCUACUCUUUGAAGAAUUUCAUGAUUAUGGGUGCUCUUCACAAAGUUUGAUAUUUCCAAACACAUGGUCUGUAAGAUCCAGGGAAAUUGAUUUGUGAAAGAAAUAUGGAACCCUACUCCUGGAGGGAGAUUUCUGCAACAAUUGUAGAAUGUUAGUGGUUUUCGCAGGUCAGUGAUGAGUAUACAAAAAUAUCAAUUAUAUCA